CAUCAAGAUAAGUAAAUACAUAGAGGAAAUGAAAUUUCAUUCUUCUCUUGCGUAAUAUAUUAUGUAAAUUUCGAACUUUGCGCUUAUAAAAGAUUUUGGAAUAAUUACACGAUAACUUUUAUACGUACUCUUUGACAAAAUAAACCUAUCACAUACACAUUUGCUAUAAGAUCUUGACGUAAUAUAUAUACAUACGAGGAUAAUGAAAAAUGGAAAAAUUAACUGAAAAGACGUAGAAUCAUGGCGGCCGCUCAACUUGCUAAGUUGCUUUUUCAAACAGUGCUACGAUUUUCUGACCGAGAAUUUAUACGCUGAAGAUUUCACCCUCGGAACGGUACUUUAAUUCGCUAUGAACUAUUUUGGUGGAUCAGAUGAUGAUGCAGGAGGAGAUGAAGAUCAAGAAUCUUCUCCUUUUCAAAAUGUUGAGGCUCUAAAAUGUUUUCGAGAACAAUGGCAAAGAGAAUUAAAAAUUUCUCCAAAACAUACACCUAAAGCUUUAACAAAAAAGCCUCAAGUUUUAGAUGGCAUUGCAUCAGAUGUCAAAAACAGAGAAGACCGAUUAAAAUCUGAAGAAAUAUCUGUAGAAGCAAAGGCAAAAAAUUUAUUUUUACAAGGAAUAGAGAAUGAACAGUCUGGAAAAUUAUAUGAAGCAAUUCAAUUUUAUCGACGAGCAGUACAAUUAGUGCCAGAUAUAGAGUUUCGUCUUUAUGAAUCAACAAAACCAAAAUUCCGUUCCGAAAAAAUGGAUAUCAUGGAGAAAAAAGAUGUAGAAGAGAGAGAAAAUGAUGAUCAUGAAAAUGAUGUAGAAGACUCAGUUGACAACGAUUGUGAUAUUUUAGGAAAACUUUCUAGGAUAAUUGAAAAGAAUGGAUACUUUUGCUUUCCUGAAUGUGAGCAAAGUACAACGCAUAUUUCAGCUCUACCUAUGGAAAUAUUCUUUUACAUUUUACGAUGGGUAGUCUCUUCAGAAUUAGACAUCCGUAGCUUAGAAAUGGUCUCGCGAGUCUGUCAAGGCUUCUACGUUUGUGCCAGAGAUGCAGAGAUUUGGAGGAUGGCUUGUGUACGUGUUUGGGGUGUGAAUUGUGGUAGAUACGAGCCAAAGUAUUUAUCCUGGCGUGAAAUGUAUAUGCAGCGUCCAAGACUACGUUAUAAUGGCUGUUAUAUUAGUAAGACAACCUAUAUACGACACGGGGAAAAUAGUUUUCAAGAUCAGUUUUAUAAACCAUGGCAUCUAGUAGAAUAUUUCCGAUAUUUGAGAUUUUUCCCCGAAGGGAAAGUUCUUAUGCUAACAUCUACUGAUGAUGCUCAAUAUUGUGUCAGUUCCCUGAAGAAUCGUAAUCCUCGAAAUACUUCUGUAUUGAUUGGUCACUAUCGGCUACGUGAUAAUUGCGUCAGCUUAAUUCUAAAGCGUCAAGAGACUAAAACCAAUACAACAAACUUUAGCAAUCGUCGCCGAAAACGCAAUGAACCAAUUCAUGAUAGUGGCGAACAAACUUUCCACGUAGAAUUUGAAAUUCAAAAUUAUCGUAAACGUCCAAAUUCGCAACUUUCAUGGUUAUGCUAUAUAAUUUACACGAAAUAUAAAAGUGGUGAAGAGAUCCCAACAAAAUUAAGCCUUGGGGGUAGAUAUCCUCCGUUUAGAUUCAAUCGAGUCAAAAGCUACACUCAAGAAAGUGAAUUCCCUUUGCAAUAAGUUUUAUAUUUCUACUAAGUAUUUAAAGUUUGCGUAAAAAAAUGUAUAUAUGGUAUAAAAUUGAUAGAAUUGUAAAUAUUUUGAUUGUUUUUGAAAGCUAGCUUUCGCGUUUACGAAAAAUAAGAUUGAUAUCAAUCUAGUGCGUUAAGAAAAAAAUCGAAUAUUUUAUAAAUUUUACUUGAAUUGUAACAAUGUUUAACAAGUUUUUAUCAUUGGACUGGUAAAUAUUUUGUUGCGGGGAAUACAAUUAUAAAAUAUUUAAAAUGAGGAGUAUUAUGCUCAUCUAACAGUAAUAAUAUGAUUCAAGUGACUUUCAAGCUUAGAGCUAUGAAACUAUUAUAAACUUCAAUAAAUAUAUUUUUGAUGUA